CAGGUCUCUUCCUGUGGUUGCUGUCUCUCUGCUUAGCGCCCUUUGGGGAAACUUCCGAAUUCUUGGUGGCCUCACCUGCCCGAAGGAGUUUGAGGGUGUGGGAACUGCGGAGCGCGCAGCAGGCUACUGACUCUUCUCUCUCUUUGCUCCUGGCUCUUUGCGCGCCCAGUGUGAGCGCUCCAGGUAAAGAAGACUGCAACAUUCAGGAUUAGAUCACCUACAUGGCUUACCACACAAGAUAUCUUCAAUUAAUUCUCAUUCUCUUGGUUCAGGAUUUUGUAUCAACUGAUGAUGGUGAAAUAAGAUCAAGUUGCAGAACGGCUCCAACAGAUUUGGUGUUCAUCUUAGAUGGUUCCUAUAGUGUUGGCCCAGAAAACUUUGAAAUAGUAAAAAAAUGGCUUGUCAACAUAUCAAAUAACUUUGAUAUAGGGCCAAAAUUUAUUCAAGUUGGCGUGGUACAGUACAGUGAUUAUCCUGUACUCGAGAUUCCCCUGGGAAGCCACCAUUCUGGAGAGAACUUAAUUGAAGCAAUGGAAUCCCUUCAUUACUUGGGUGGCAAUACAAGGACAGGAAAAGCUAUUCAGUUUGCCCUUGACCAUCUUUUUGCUAAAUCACCAAGAUUUCUAACUAAAAUAGCAGUCGUUCUUACUGAUGGCAAAUCCCAAGAUGAAGUAAAAGAUGCAGCAGAAGCUGCUAGAGACAAUCGAAUAACUUUGUUUGCCAUUGGUGUUGGUUCAGAAACUGAAGAUGCUGAACUUAGAGCCAUUGCCAAUAAGCCUUCAUCAACCUAUGUCUUUUAUGUGGAAGAUUACAUUGCAAUUUCCAAAAUAAGAGAAGUCAUAAAACAGAAACUUUGUGAAGAAUCUGUUUGUCCAACACGAAUUCCAGUAGCAGCCCGUGAUGAAAAGGGAUUUGACAUUCUUUUAGGCUUGGGUGUGAAGAAGAAAGUAAAGAAAAGGAUUCAGCUUUCACCAACCAAGACAAAAGCAUAUGAAGUAACAUCACAAGUUGAUUUAUCAGAGCUCACAAGCAAUGUUUUCCCAGAAGGUCUUCCUCCUUCAUAUGUAUAUGUCUCCACUCAGAGGUUCAAAGUUAAGAAAAAGUGGGACUUAUGGAGGAUCGUCACCAGCGAUGGAAGGCCACAGAUUGCUGUUACCUUAAAUGGAGCUGAAAAAACUCUGUCAUUUACCACUACAAGCAUAAUGAAUGGCACUCAAGCUGUCAUUUUUGCAGAACCUGAUGUUAAGACUCUGUUUGAUGAAGGCUGGCAUCAAAUCCGCCUCUUAGUAACUGAAAAGGAUGUAACUUUGUAUAUUGAUGAUCAGCAAAUAGAAAGCAAGCCAUUACAUCCAGUUUUAGGUAUUUAUGUCAGUGGCCAAACUCAAAUAGGGAAAUACUCUGGGAAAGAAGAAACUGUCCAGUUUGAUGUCCAAAAACUAAGAAUCUACUGUGACCCAGAACAAAACAGCCGUGAAACAGCUUGUGAAAUCCCUGGAUUUAAUGGAGAGUGCUUGAAUGGUCCCAGUGAUGUUGGCUCUACCCCAGCUCCCUGUGUAUGUCCACCAGGAAAACCAGGACUCCCAGGCCCCAAAGGAGACCCUGGACAACCUGGGAAUCAUGGUUAUCCAGGACAGCCUGGUCAAGAUGGUAAGCCUGGAUAUCAAGGAAUUUCAGGAAGUCCAGGUAUUCCAGGAUCACCAGGGAUUCAAGGAGCCCGUGGACUACCGGGUUACAAAGGAGAACCAGGAACAGGUGGUAAUAAGGGUGAUCGUGGACUUCCUGGUUUUCCUGGUCAGCAUGGGAUGCCAGGAUCAAAGGGUGAAAUGGGACCCAAAGGAGAAAAGGGAUCACCUGGAUUUUAUGGGAAAAAGGGUGCAAAAGGUGAAAAAGGAAAUACUGGUUUUCCUGGCCUUCCUGGACGUUCUGGGGAGCCUGGGAGAGAUGGAAAAGACGGCUUAAUGGGCAGCCAAGGAUUUAAGGGAGAGACAGGACAACAAGGUGCUCCAGGACCAGAAGGCCAACGAGGAGAACCUGGAAUUCCUGGAUUUCCUGGAAGCCAAGGGUUAAUGGGACAAAAGGGAGAAAUUGGACUUCCUGGACCACAAGGAAAGAAAGGAGCACCUGGGUUAAAUGGUUUAAUGGGACAUGAUGGAUCACCUGGUCAGCCUGGAACACCUGGAUUGAAAGGAAAUAAAGGUGAACCUGGAAUUCAAGGAAUAUCGGGGUCUCCUGGGAUCAAGGGAGAACAAGGAGUACCAGGCCCCCCAGGAGAAUCAGGAUACCCAGGCCUACCUGGGACACCAGGGAAAAAGGGUGACAGUGGAAACCAAGGUGAAAAAGGUCCUCAGGGUCAAAAGGGAGAAAAUGGAAGAUCAGGGGAUCCAGGACCACAGGGAAUUCCAGGCCAUCAUGGAGCAAAAGGAGAGAAGGGUGAAAAGGGAGAUCCUGGCAGUAGAGGUGCCAGUGGGCCUAAAGGAGAAUCAGGGCUGGAUGGCUUAAUGGGGCCCAUUGGUCCAAGAGGACAGGAUGGGGAAACAGGCCCUCGAGGACCUCCGGGAUUAGAUGGGAAACCAGGGAAAGAAUUUUCAGAGCAGUUCAUACGGCAAGUUUGCACAGAUGUUUUGAGAGCCCAGUUGCCAGUCUUACUUCAUAGCAGAAGAUUACAAAGCUGCGAGCACUGUCAGUCUCAAAAUGGCUCCCCCGGUCUUCCUGGGCCACCUGGUCCAAUGGGACCAGAAGGUCCAAGAGGAUUUCCUGGGUUGCCAGGAAGAGAUGGUGUUCCUGGACUAAUGGGAACUCCUGGACACCCAGGUGCUCGAGGGCUAAAAGGACAACCAGGAAGAAAUGGGGCAAAGGGUAACCAAGGGUUUGGGCCUCCAGGAGAACAAGGCCCCCCAGGCCCUCCAGGUCCCGAGGGUCCUCCUGGAAUUAGCAAAGAAGGGCAUCCCGGAGAACCAGGUCUUCCCGGCAAAGAUGGAGACCAAGGAAAUCCUGGAAUACAAGGGCCAACUGGACCCCCUGGAAUCUGUGAUCCAUCCUUAUGUUUCAGUGUGAUCGUUGGAAGAGAUCCAUUUAGAAAAGGGCCAAACUAUUAAUAUGCAAUGCCUUCAUCAGCAGACUAGGCAUGGUGCUUUUCUUUUACGGUCUUGCAAGUCUCAGGAAGAUUAUCGGCAAUAAUCCUUUGAAAAGGAACUGAAGUACCUCGGUUUUAUAAAGAAAACAAAUAAUGAAAUAAUGAAAAGAUAAUGCUGCUUCUUGGUUUUAAAGGCUUCUCCAUAUGGAGCCUUUACAUUAGAAGCAUUAGCUAAAUGAGGAGGGUUCCUCAUAAGUCCACUAAUUUGAAUUAAAAUUGAAUAAAAUUAGCUACCACCAUUGCCUUGUAGCAGUGCAGUAUUAGUUUAUCAGUUGCCCAUCACUGUGAAAUGUUUCACAUUCAGUCUCCAUGCAGCAAAUCAUUUGAUUUCAGUUUCAUGUUUGUGUGAAUCUCAUGGUUAUGUAUGCUUCAUAUCUCACAAUUCUUGCUUGUUCAUUAGCCAAAGGGGAAGAUGAAUUUGGUUAUUGAAAACUACAUGAAAUAUCCUUUAUGUAGCUAUUUCUCUCACUGCUUAAUUAAUGACCAUAAUGAUUAAUUUAAAACUGACUAGGAAAGAAAUUAUACUAGACAGAUGAUACUAAAAAAUACAGAAUGUUGUGGGGAAAAGUCAGUUUCAUUAUUACUCUCUCCUGCAUGUUCAAAAAAAAAAGUAUGAGUACAAAUGCUGAGGCCUUCAUUCCCCAUGCUCUCUGCCUAACUGCAAUGUUUGUUGUAUGCCUUCAUUUUCCAUUUUAUUCACUACAUGUCUAUGUUAAUGUAUGUUAAUUUUUGUAUGUAUCCCUAACAGGAAAAAAGAAAACAAAACAGGCUUCAGUUGAAAGGACAGCAGUUGCACAAAUCCCACUGCUCAUUGAUCAAUUAAGGCAGAUGGUUAAAUUAAUAUUGCUCAGUCAUGUACUGUACAGAAAAGCUUUUAUGUAGAAGUGACUUUCAGAUGUUUGGUUUUUCAGUUGUCAUGCUAUAACUUUUGUACUGUGCUUGACA